CACCACCUCUUCUUCCGCCUAUCCUCUUAAAAAGUUUCUGCUCCAUUAAUAAAACCAACAAUUAACACAGAAGAUACAGCUUUCAUCAUCUGCCCAAUAUUCAUUCCUUUAUUUAUUUAUUUUAUACUUUUAGCUGAUGCUAUAACUACAAAACGAAUCCACGACCACCAAGACAAGUUUUAUCUGCUAAAUCCAACUAAAUACAACUAUCUUCUCUCUUUACUUUUUUUUUCUUUUGUCGGUGAAUUUGGAAUUUUCUCACCGCCAUAUCCACCAUAAUACCCACCUGCAACCUCCCUCUCUUUCUCUCUGCUCCGACAUAUUUAUUCUCUGUCAUCGUCUCUCUCGCUUCAGCAAAUCGGUCAAAUUCUCAAAACCCACCUCGAAAGUCUCUCUCUUUGGAGGGUUUAAGAAUUAAUAUCCUCCAUGGACGGCGGUGGAGUAGCUGACGUGGCAGUGGCCAUGACGACGAGGAAGAGGGAGAGACCUUACAAGGGCAUAAGGAUGAGGAAGUGGGGAAAAUGGGUUGCGGAGAUUCGAGAGCCUAACAAGCGGACAAGGCUUUGGCUCGGCUCUUACUCCACUCCCGAGGCGGCGGCGAGAGCCUACGACACGGCGGUUUUCUACCUCAGAGGACCGACGGCGAGGCUUAACUUCCCUGAGCUUCUCAACGGAGAGAAAUUCUCCGAGGAGGACAUGUCGGGAGAUACUAUUAGGAAAAAAGCGACGGAGGUCGGUGCUCAGGUAGACGCUUUGGGCACGGCGGUGCUAAAUAACCGCCACCGUGUGUUUGGUCAGAGCAGAGAGAGUGAUGAUGAUAGUAGCAAGAGAUAUCAUCGGAAUUAUCAAAACGGUGAGUUGGAAGAGGAUGAUAAGAGUUUGAAAAGUGGCGGCUGGUUAUUGGAACGGGUUGACUUGAAUAAGGUACCCGACCCGGAAAGCUCCGAUGACUAAGACUGGGAAAAGAAAUGAAAAAUUAUAAUAUUUGGAGCGAUGGUUGCUUAAUGCACGCCUGCAAAGAUCAUUAGCGCCGUUUAUGUUUUUUUUUUUGCAUUGUCUAAAAUUUUAGGUUUUGUUUUAGUUAUAAUUGUCUGUAUCUUUUUGUCAUUUAUCAUGGAUUUGCGAUUUAUGAAACUUUAGGCUAUUGCUUAAUAAUGCAAAAUGUAUAUUAUCACUCAUUAAUAAUUUAACGAAAUUCGCCCUA